AGUCAUCAGUGGAGAAUCUUGUCCGUUUCCUAGUCUCUGUGCUCAAGAGAGGCAGGUGCUAAGCCCUUGAGCCGGUCAGAGGACUUCCAAAGGAGAGAGGCUGGUCGCAGGGGCCACUGGACAACCAAACUGUGAACGUCCGUCAGCCAGUGUAGCAAGCGUGUCCUGGCAUGUCCGAGACGCCUGACCACUCCUGCUGCUCUCUCUCUCUUCUGUGAUGUGUUUUUUCACGGCGUAGAUUUAAGGCUGUGGAGUCCCUACCAUCCAACCCGUGCUGACUGGCCUGUCCAGGAUCGUCAACGGAGAGGAUGCUAUUCCCGGCUCCUGGCCCUGGCAGGUGUCUCUGCAGGAUAAAACUGGCUUCCAUUUCUGCGGGGGCUCCCUCAUCAGCGAGGACUGGGUGGUCACUGCUGCCCACUGCGGGGUCAAGACCUCCGACGUGGUGGUAGCUGGAGAGUUUGACCAGGGCUCCGACGAAGAGAACAUCCAGGUCCUGAAGAUCGCACAGGUCUUUAAGAACCCCAAGUUCAAUAUGUUCACUGUGCGCAAUGACAUCACUCUGCUGAAGCUGGCCACUCCUGCCCAGUUCUCUGAGACUGUGUCUGCCGUGUGUCUACCCAACGUCGAUGAUGACUUCCCUCCUGGCACUGUGUGCGCCACCACUGGCUGGGGCAAGACCAAAUACAAUGCCCUCAAGACCCCUGAGAAGCUGCAGCAGGCCGCCCUGCCCAUCGUGUCCGAGGCUGACUGCAAGAAGUCCUGGGGUUCCAAGAUCACCGAUGUGAUGAUCUGCGCAGGCGCUAGCGGCGUCUCUUCCUGCAUGGGUGACUCCGGUGGCCCCCUCGUCUGCCAGAAAGAUGGAGUCUGGACCCUGGCAGGCAUUGUGUCCUGGGGCAGUGGCGUCUGUUCCACUUCCACUCCUGCUGUGUAUUCCCGAGUCACAGCCCUCAUGCCCUGGGUUCAGCAGAUCUUGGAAGCCAACUGAGUCCGUGGUUCUUGCCAACCCCCCUCUGAGCAUCUACAAUAAAAAUCAUCUAAUUAGAA